GUGCUCCUAAAAGAGAAACGUAACAAAAUUAUGUCUAGAGGAUUGCCAAAACAAAAACCAAUUGAAGGAGUUAAGCAAGUGCUAGUAAUAGCAUCUGGAAAAGGAGGUGUUGGAAAAUCAACAACUGCAGUAAAUGUAGCUCUUGCAUUGGCAGCAAAUGAUUCGACAAAAGCUGUUGGUUUGCUGGAUGCAGAUGUAUAUGGCCCUUCCAUUCCAAAAAUGAUGAAUUUGAAAGGAAGUCCAGAAGUGUCAUCAAAGAACUUGAUGAGACCUCUUGUCAAUUAUGGAAUUGCAUGUAUGUCUAUGGGUUUCUUGGUAGAAGAAACUGUACCCAUUGUCUGGAGAGGCCUCAUGGUGAUGUCAGCCAUAGAGAAACUGCUGAGGCAGGUUGACUGGCAGCAACUGGAUUAUCUGGUAAUUGACAUGCCUCCAGGGACAGGAGAUGUACAAUUGUCAAUCUCACAGAAUAUCCCAAUUGCAGGGGCUGUGAUUGUGUCCACUCCUCAGGAUAUAGCUUUACUGGAUGCCCGUAAAGGAGCAGAGAUGUUCAGAAAAGUGAAUGUGCCUGUUUUGGGUCUUGUCCAAAACAUGAGUGUUUUUCAGUGUCCAAAAUGUAAUCAUGAAACCCAUAUUUUUGGAACUGAUGGUGUGAGAAACCUAGCAGAUGAUCUUGGUCUGGAUGUUUUAGGUGACAUUCCACUACAUCUGAACAUAAGAGAGACCUCUGAUAGUGGGAAGCCAAUUGUAGUGUCACAGCCUGAAAGCAACAUGGCCAAUGCCUAUUUGAAACUUGCUGCUGAAAUAGUGAAAAGAUUGCCAGUUUCUCCAGCUUGACAUCAUCGUUUUGUGGAUCUAUGAUUGGAGUCUUACCUGUAAAGCAUGUCAUAGAAGAAUCGGAAGAAAACAGUGUUGUACAGUAAAAGAGACCAUAUUUUG